CGUGACUAAUUGAUAAAGAUAUCAGUGAUUUGAGUGUGUUGUUUAUAUCAGGUUAUCAUCAUGAGGAUAAAUGAGAACACGUUACUGGAGGGACACAAAGUCGUGUUGGUUCCUUAUAACGCGGAGCACGUGCCAAGGUAUCACGAGUGGAUGAAGUCUCCUGAGCUGCAGCAGCUGACGGCUUCAGAGCCGCUGACCCUGGAUCAGGAGUACGACAUGCAGAAAAGCUGGAGAGAAGAUGAUGACAAGUGCACGUUUAUCAUCCUGGACAAGCAGCUGUGGGCGGACCCCAACGUACAGGAGGAGCAAUGCAUGAUGGGAGAUGUGAACAUCUUCCUGACCGACCCGUCUGACCCCUCGCUGGCUGAGCUGGAGGUCAUGAUAGCAGAGCCGAGUUACAGAGGAAAAGGCAUCGGAAAGGAGGUGACGCGCAUGAUGAUGUGCUACGGAGUCAACAAACUUGGGAUUAAAAAGUUUGAAGUGAAAAUCGGGUUGAAAAACGAGGUCAGCAUCGCCAUGUUCAAGAAGCUCCACUUCCACGAGGUGUCCGUGUGUCAGAAGUUCAAAGAGGUGACCCUUGAGAUGACGGUGAAUGAGUCUGUUCGGACGAAGCUGCUGGACGACACGACCUACAUGAAGGAGAGAGACUACAGACAGUGCUGCAGCAAUAAACAGGGAGUGACUUCACUGUGACGUGUCGUGGCUGAGCGUCACACACACACACACACACACACACAUCGUAAAGACUUCCAAAAAUACUCUGGGACACAAAGUUGAAAACUGGUGUGGAGUUAAGACUCUUACUCACCUCUAUAUGCUGCUCCUUUUAAAGGGGACAUUUCAUCCUUAAUCCAGGUUUCUGUUCUUUUUAUGCUUAAUGUGCUAAAAGUUCCACAACUGGAAACAUAUGUAGAAAAUGAUCAAUACGGAGUUUUUUGACUGUAAAUCAUGCAAAGAUAUUCUAGUAGAGCCUCAGAUUAAAGACAUAAACCUGGAAAUGUGCAUAAAAUGUCCCUUUUAACAGUUGUGUCUGUAAUUCCUGGACACCUAUUAGUUUCAAGGUGCUGGUCCUAUUUUCCACUUUCUGUCCAUCACAAGUAUACGGACACCAGAAACCAUUAUAUUAUGAUAUAAAAGUUACUUCCAAUCAUCCAAAUUAGCAUCAGUGAUGUCAGGCGCUGAUGAUUCAUUUCUUUAUAGAUGUGGCUUUGUGUGUUGGAGGGGACAGGAAAGGACCCCAAACUGUUACUGCAAAGUUUGACCAUUGUUUCAAAUAUUAUUGUAUGGUACAGGGCUGCAACUCAUGAUUAUUAUACUUAUAGCGAUACGUCUGGCAGUUAUUAUCUCAAUUAUUAGUUCAAUUAAACAUCAGAAAACACUCAUCAGAACAUGCUAUAGUCAAAGUUGAUGAUAAAAUAUACUCAAAACUUCUUACAUUUGACAGCUUUGAACCAGCAACUUCUUGACAUUUUGAUCAUAAUAGUUGCUGAUUCAUCAUUUAUUUCUUUCUUGUUGCAAAUCUAGACCAAAUCAUAAAAAAAAGCAGUUCCUGUCUAUAUACUUCUGGCUUUGUAGUGUGUGUUGUAGAUUCAGGUUUUACUUCCAAUAUGAGGGAAAUAUAAAAUAGAAAGAGAAAGAAGACUCUAACCUGGAGAAUAGAAGAAAAAAAAAACUUAUUUCCCUCUUUCUCUCUUUUUUUUCUGUCACUUUAUUUCCUCUUUUGCUUUUUUUGCCUUUUUAAUAUUUAUUUAUUUCAAGUGAAAACCUAAAAAUCCCCCAAAACUACCGAUUAUGAUAUUUUCACCAUAUGUCUCUUCUUUUUUUACAGUAUUUGCUUUCAUUUUCGAUACUUCGGUGCAUUUUAAUG